AAUUAAUUACGAUUAUGCGCCUUCCGCGGACACGCGCCGGUCGCGGACGUAAGGCCGAUCGUCGGAUCGUCGUGACAAACCGCUCAGUUGAAUCAUGCGCAUUUUAAUAUUUGUGAUCAUUUCGCUUUUGACUAGCAAAGAGCGCGCGCGCUUGUUUUAAUUUAAAUUGCCGCGUUAUCGUACAUGUUUCUACGACUCUGAUAAGAUCAUUACAUCACUGAGUGAUAAGAAUCGUCAAGGACCGAUUUGUCUUACCGAUGAUCAAGUCAUCGCUAAAAUUCGAUAUGCUACGGUCGUAGUUAAAACGAGUGAUAAAACAAUAGCAGUUAUUGUUUCAACUGUGAAUUGUGAUUUGUGUAUGACCGUUGCUUUUGUCGGAUGCGGUGGUGCGCAGCAUGGGGACGGUGCCGAGACUGAAAAUAACAGUAGUGGGCGACGGUAUGGUCGGCAAAACCUGCUUGCUCUACGUGUACACUCGAAAUGAAUUUCCUAAGGAAUAUGUACCAACAGUAUUCGACAACUAUUUGGAUCGCAUCACGGUGGAUGGCCAAGAAGUAGAAAUGGCUUUAUGGGACACAGCUGGACAGGAGGACUACGAACGACUAAGGCCCCUAUCAUAUAACGGUACGCACUGCUUCCUCGUGUGUUAUUCGGUUGGGAGUCGGUCGUCGUAUGAAAACGUAAUUCAUAAAUGGUAUCCUGAAUUGAAACACUUCAGCUCUUCAGUGCCUAUUGUACUUGUAGCAACUAAAAUAGAUUUACGAACUUCCGGUAAAGCUGUUAUUACCACACAAGAAGGAAAAACGUUAAAAAAGAAAAUAAGAGCGGCUCAGUUCGUGGAAUGUUCAGCUUUGGAGCGAGAGAACAUGGACGAGGUGUUCGAAGAGGCGGUGCGUGCGGCGCUGCGAAAGAAACCUGUCACCAAACGCACCUGCCAGUUCCUCUGAUAGUAUACACGAUAUCCCGCGUGCGCUAUAUUAUGAGACUUGACCCGGUGCCGUCACUGGAAGUGCGCAAAAAUACACAACCCAUUGUAACGUUAUGCCUAAAUGCGAAAGUGUGUGUGUUAACUUUUCACUGCCCAUCUGCUCAACUGAGUUUGACAUUUGAUACAGAGUUUGUAUCCCUGAAUGGACAUAAGCUACUUCUUUAUCCCGGAAAAUCAGAGUUCCCACAAGUUUUUUUAAAACCUUAAUCCAUGCGGAUGAAGCCGUGAGCAUCAUCUAAUAGGUAAUACCUAGGAUUAGUAUAGUGCGCGCAAAACAAGACCUAAGCAAUCUGAACACGAGGUGUAUUCUCAAAAACAAAUCUCAGCUGGACUUGUGUUCCUAUUUAAUCCUAAGUCUUGACCUGCGCAAACUGCCAUGUUGCAACUUCAGAUUGGAUUAUGUAUGUACUUGUUUUGCGUGCACUAUUCGAGUAUCGAAACACUAACGUCAAAGUAAAAAAGACCUAAAAUUGCGCUGGAUUAGGACUCAAGUUCGUCCAUACAUCCACAGCCAGCGAAACAUAUGACUUAAAUCGAAACUUUAUAAGCGUAUAGUAUAUAGUAAGUAUUUAAGAUAAUCGGGUACGAAGAGGACUCCGCCCGUUCCGAUGCUUGCAAAAGCCGUCGCUAUGUCGUCACCAGCGGUCGGCUUUGACGUAAACUCCGCUGACGUCAUCAGUCAGGUUCUCUGCGAUGCAACGAAUCGUCGACGCAUUUAUGGAAUCAAAAAAUAUACAUAUGCGUUCGCGCAUCCUUAAUCCGAUUGAGUUGAAACUUUGAACUGUAGCUGUUGUCGGAACUUCUGGUAAAGUUUCUGUCAGCUAGCUAUCAAACGUUACAAUACGCAUGCCGGGCAUUAGCUAGUGUUAAAAUAAUUGAUCAACAUUUAAUUGUUAACGCCGCAAAUGGAGCUUAGCUUGUGACUACAUGUAGUUGAAAAUAUAUAUAUUAUUUAUUUGUAUUAGUUACCUAUUUCUUAUCAAAACUAAUUUUCCUUAUAGGAAAAAACCACAGCUGCACUGGAUUAAUAAUACUAAUUAAAGAUUCAUUAUUAAGCUUUGUAAUUAAUAAUGCGGGUUUCAUAUCGCAAGAUGCAUUUAUUUUAUAAUUAAAGUGCUGCCAAAUUAAUAACCAAUUAUUAUUUAUUAUUUCGUUAUAUAUAGUUAUUGGGUGCGAAAUUUACAUGUAAGAAGAUAACUUUACAACCUGCAUUGUUAUAAAAUUUUAUUUUAAUGAAAUUAUGUAAAUAAUAACUGUUAGAAUAAAAACUUAGAAUGCAGUAUUGCAUAGGAAGUAUUUAAAACUAAAGAUAUUUUAAGAUUUAAGUAAAGGUUAAUUUAGAUCAUGUGACAUGAUACUUAUAAGUUAUACCUACUUAAAACUUGUUGCACGUCCACAAUGUUUAACAUUGUUGUUUAUAAUGUGUGAACGCUAUUAAGAUUUUAUAAACCAUGUCUAUAAUAAUUAUAUCAUGUUAUGGUCUAGGCGCACCUUGAUUUCAGUCAACUAUCGUAUUAGAAAUGUACUUAUGGUAAGACACGUCUGUACAUAAAUUAUAUUUUUAAUAAACGAUAAAAUAUUGUAUUAUGA